AUGACCCAAGCCACGAAUCAGCAGCAGAAUACACUGCACACUGCAGAUACAUUUCAAAGCCCUUUGUGUCUUCCUGGGGGAGGGUACAAUCUAAGUCUUAUAGCCUGCAUGGACAGCCCUUGGGCAGUCCUCGUUGGGACGCACAUCACUCGUCGUCAACACAUGGCUUCCUAUUUCGAGGCACAACCUAACUCAACAAGCCCGUGGAUCAAGUCCACUGUACAGAAGAGCCGUUUUUUCACUACCGCUACUAAGAAUUCCCAGCAGAAAGAUUUGUCACGUCUGAAAUCCACAACACUGCCGAAUGAAGAGGUCCGUCAGCGGCCGUGCAUUCAGCGACUCGACGCAAAACUUGAGAAAGCGUCACAUUCUUAUUCGAGCACCAAGUUACUCAUUUCUGCUCCUCAGGGCCAGGAGACUCUUCGUCCCCUUGAGCCAUCCCGAAGAGUUCUUCCUGUCAUAAGUCCUGUCCCUGUACGGGCCUCGCCUGGGAACGAGAUUCCUGGCGACGAUGGCGAUGACGAAGUCGCGCAGAAACCUUCUCUCGGUGUCUUCGAAAUUGAUUGUCAGAGCACAGAUUUGGAAUCUGACAGUUUCGAUUCUGAUUGUCAGUAUAUCUUGGACGACCAAACUGCAAUCAAUGCAGCGAUUGAUAGCCAAAACCUUCGUCAGGAUAUGACCGGUUCGUGCUCUGGCACUAACGCGACUGGCAUUUGA